AUGCCCAUAUUUCAGGCUGAUUUAGACCACCAUGAACCUGUCGAGCCCGCCCCAAUCGACGUCCCUACUCAGAACCUGAGGCGCCUUUCAGAGGAGAGCAUCCGCACUGAGCUAUGCGAAGGGCCCAUUCCCGACAGUCCGCCUCGGCCUGGCACUCCCAAAAGAAGCGAGAAUGGUGAAGCUGCGAUAUCGGAUCGAGCUGCUCUGAUUGAGAGACUCAAGAGGGCUCAGUCUCCAACUUGGAUCCCAAACCGACAUCUUGAGUCAAUCCUCCAGCAUCACAAAUCUCCCACGAAGCGCCCUCAAACUCCCACCGAAUCCUCAACCCUCCUUCCACCCGCUCGAAUUACCCCCGAGAAGACCGACAGCCAGUCCGAAUCAGACGACAACAGAUUGCGCGAUGGCCUCAGCAUUGAGCGGCCGAGGUCGGCUUUGCACAGCGGAAACUUUACUGAGGAACAAGCGGUAGCCAAAGACCAUGCCACUCCCGUCGGCAGAGCACAUAUCGACAGUCAUGAUGCCCCGGCAGAGGCCUCGUGGAUUGCUACGUCACCUCCCAGGCACUUCACGCCCUUUCAGCAUGACAAAGGAGUUCCGUUUCCAGGCAGUGCGGACAGUUUUCAACCUGGCACCUCGCCUCUCUCGUCAUCUCUCUCGUCGAGUUUCGUGUAUAAGCCGCCCACUAGCCCUCUGGUCCAAUCGCACAGUUAUGACGAGUUAGAUAUACCCAUGCCGCUGGACGGCUUCGGUUUCUCUUCUGGUCGAAACAGCGCGAGGCGUUACAUGCCAAACUCGGCUACUACAUCCCCCUUCAUGUCGCCGUCUCCGGGAUACUCUCUGCCUCGUGUGUCUUCAUACCGAAGGGAGGCUUUCCCGUACCAAGCACAUCAGCCCCGGAGGUCAUUGACCUCAACACCAAGCUUCAUGCAGCCCGGCACUUCGCCGCCAACGCCUGCUUUUCUCAGGCCACGUCGAUCUUCGUUUGUGGCGGAGUCUUCGCCGCUUCAUCAUGCGUCCAUGGUCGGUUCAUAUGAAGAGAGCAUUCUCCGUGGCCGCAUGUCGACCACUCCCUCCAAGCCGUUGGACUUUGUUGCUCAAAUUGGCGUGUUGGGCCGAGGGAAAUGCAAGUCAAGCCUCAAGUGCCCACCACAUGUUAGCCUUGCAUUCCCCGCAGUGUACUACAGUUACGGCAGCACCUCGCAUGGCCGCUCGAGCUCUGAAGACGGCCCGAGCCCAUAUGUUGGUCAAAUCGAUCUCGAAAAUGGGCUUCCCAAUCCGGAUGAGGAACACCGGGCCAAGAAAAAAGCUCAGAGUCGAUAUGCUGACAGGAAGCCUUUGGAGGACGAGAUGGACAUCAGCAUUGCCACUCCGGGGGCCGAACAAGAGACACGCCGCAACUCUAGAACCAAGCGCAGAUCUGGGUCUCCGAAAGCUCCUCCGGGAGGAAGCUACAGGAUACCCGAAAAGGGGCAGAUUCAAAUCAUCAUCAAGAACCCGAACAAGACGGCUGUCAAGCUCUUCCUGAUCCCUUACGAUCUGGCAGGCAUGGAGCCAGGCACCAAGACGUUUGUGCGGCAACGGAGCUAUUCAGCUGGACCGAUCAUCGAGAAUGUCCCUGUCACAUCUGAGGCAGACUCGUCAGACCGGCCCAUUUUGAGAUAUCUCGCUCAUCUGCACAUCUGCUGCCCUGCCAAAGGACGGUACUACCUCUAUAAGAGCAUACGGAUUGUUUUUGCAAAUCGCGUCCCCGAUGGCAAGGAGAAACUGAGGAACGAGACAACUUGGCCAGAACCUCGCUUCACUCCAUACAAGCCCAUCCGGGUUAUGCAUCCGCCAACGCCGGCUCAGUCUGGGCCUGCUGCCAUGCUGGUUGCUGACAAGGCUUUGCGCAGACGCAGCGUUAGCUUCUUUCCAGGCCCAUCCUCUCAGGCAUUUGACGCCAUGGAGGGCAUGUAUCAGGGGCCUGGCUCUUCAUCUGGAGGUUUUGCAGCUACCAACACGGUGCCAAUUGACCCUAUCCCCUUCCGUCUCCCUGCACGCGACCGUGUGGGAAGUGAUGUGAGUGAUGUCACCAACACUACUUCUGCUCUCACGAUGGGGUUGCGCUCUCCUGGUUCGUCCCAGGCAAGCCGACCAUCGACCAAAGACUCGACAAGCGCGGCGCCUUGGGGUCCUACGCUCUAUGAAAAGUUGAACAAGGGCGAGCCAGGCUAUGGCGGCAACGCUUUUGCUCUCAACAAUGGCCCAGGCACGCGCGCUGGUGCCGAGGGCUUGCUAUCCCAGCGCCUCCGCUCCCUCGGCAUGAAACCACCUCCUGACGCAUCUGGCCACGAUGAAGAUGCGUCUCUCUAA